GAUAAAAAUCGAUUCACAUAAGCACGAAAACAAAAAAACUCCCCCUUUUUGGUAAAGGCUGAUUAAUUGUUCUCUGCGCGGCUGAGUCCACUUGUGUACUAGCUCGGGCGGCAAGGAGUCAGAUUGAAACAGGAGAGUUGUUUUCCGGAAUUAAAGGAUUUCCCCUUCAGUCAACCAGCAAACGCCGUCGCUGCUUGCAGCGUAGAGGUACACACGCACGUACGCUAGUUGUUUGGUGUGGGGAUCGAUGAUGUGCAUCUAGGCGCUCCUUGGCGCACGAGUGAAAUCAUCUAGUCGAGUCGAGGGUCGUAUCCUUGGCCUGUACUGCAGCGCGUCACCGUUGCCUCACUCUCGCAAGGAAACUCUGCUCUGCGAAAUGGAAGUGUUUCAGACGGAGUCGCACUACAUUUUCAUGCGCAAGGAUCGCAGUCUCUGGUGGAAUCGCAGGACAUCCGAGUUUCAAUCGAAAUGCGGCUGGGACUUUUCCGCAGUGGACGAUAUCGAAUGUAUCGGCGUGACGCACGGUAUCGUCGGGACGGUUGAGCUGCCGGGCGUGCUGGAACCGCACCUGCUAGUAGUACGCGAAGUAGCCCCGGUCGGGGUGCUGUACGCACCCCAUCUGGUCUACAAGAUCCGCAGCAUUGCGGUGCUCGGUCCGGAAGGUUCGGACACCCAGCUACUUGCCUGCAGCAAGCACAGCAGCAACAGUACGAUUAAGGUAGCCCCAGCCGUCGUUUCCAGCAGUUCCGGGGCGGUGGUGCCUUCGGAAAUGCCACCGGGUUCGGCUUCACCUAAGGGCCGGCUGUUCGAGAGUUCAGCCCUGGUGAACAAAACGUGGGGUGCCGUCAAGAGUGCCGGCAGCACGAUUCGUAAUACAACGGAAAAAGCAGCCGCCAUUGCGACCAACCAGGUCAAAUCGACUGUCAACCUGGUGGCGAAGGAUCCUAUGCGCAUGGAGCGACGCAUCACCGAGGAGCUGCACAAGAUAUUCGACGAAACCGACAGCUUCUACUAUAGCCCGAACUGUGAUAUUACCAACAACCUGCAGCGGCGAGGCGAUGCACCCGACGAGCGCUUUUACUGGAACAGGGAGAUGCAGCGCGGCCUGGAGACAGCAUUGGCGGACGAGCAGGAUCGCCAACACUGGCUGAUGCCCAUCAUACAGGGCUUCGUACAGGUGGAGCAGUGCGUGAUCGGCAAUGAGUGCUUCACGCUGGCAAUCGUAUCGCGCCGCUCGCGCUACCGGGCGGGCACGCGCUACAAGCGGCGUGGGGUCGACGAGUUGGGCAACUGCGCCAACUACGUGGAAACCGAGCAGGUACUGUCGCUCCGUCAGCACCAGAUCUCGUUCACGCAGGUCCGCGGUUCGGUGCCAGUCUACUGGAGUCAGCCCGGUUACAAGUACCGGCCGCCGCCGAGGAUCGAUCAGGACGACGAAACCACGCAGGUCGCCUUUCGGCGACACUUUGACGGCGAGCUAGCCAUCUAUCAAUCAGUUUGCAUCAUCAACCUGGUGGAGCAGAGCGGCAAGGAGAAAAUCCUUGGUGAUGCCUAUGCGGAGCACGUGCUCAAGUACAACUCCGACAAGCUUAUAUAUGUCACGUUCGACUUCCACGAGUAUUGCCGUGGAAUGCGCUUCGAAAAUGUCUCAUCGCUGAUUGAAUCGCUCGCACCGGAGGCUGGUUCUAUGGGGUUCCACUGGCGCGAUCAGAACGGUCCGAUCUGCAACCAGAAGGGUGUGUUCCGCGUUAAUUGCAUGGACUGUCUUGAUCGCACUAACGUGGUGCAAACGGCGCUGGGAAAAGCCGUACUGGAGUCGCAACUCGUGAAGCUCGGGCUCGCCAUGCCAUACUCACAGUUGCCGGACCAGCUGAAAGCCCCGUUCAUGGCCGUGUGGGCGAACAACGGUGAUGUGAUCAGCCGGCAGUAUGCCGGUACCAAUGCACUGAAGGGCGACUAUACGCGUACCGGCGAACGGAAGUUUACUGGCAUUAUGAAGGAUGGCAUGAACUCUGCUAAUCGCUACUACCUGCAGCAUUUCGCCGAUACAUUCCGGCAAGCGUGCAUUGAUUUGAUGCAUGGCAACCUGGGGGCAGUGGACACGCUGCCCGAGGAUAACGUCGGCACUGCGGUAGUCGGUAUCGCCCGCACCGCACUGGUAGCCAUUGGUCCGCCGGACCAGGCCUAUUACAACUACGGGCUGAUGGGCGCGGAAACCAUGCUGCUAGAGUACCUGCUCGGACAUACCAGCUAUUACCUGGCGCGGUUCAAGGACAACUACCGGCAGGCGACCAUCGAUCUGCUGCAAUGCAACACCCUUUCCACCGAUGCCGUAUCGACGUUGGGCGGCACCCAGCCGAUGGUGGUCGAUGAAAUUGAUCCGUACGACGGGGCGGAACAUGCGCGGCUGGUUGUGGAGGACUGUCGGCGGCUCCUGCUCGGUACCUUCCAGCCACCGGUCGGUGCGUGGGGUCUCAUUGAUGCCGAUCCCAGCACGGGCGAUCCGAGUGAAACGGAAGUGGACACCGUGCUGAUCCUGACCGAAGAGUGCUACAUUGUCGCCGAGUACGACUCGCACCUGGAGAAGAUUGUGCGCUUUGAGAACGUGCCGCUCGAGAACAUCACGCUGAUCGAGCUCGGUCUGUUCCAGCACAGCAAGAUGUUCCAGGGUCCCGCGCCCACGCAUCUGUGCUUGCGCCUCAACUACGCCGUCGAUGGCGUCGAUGGUUACUUUCACAUGUUUCGCUCACCGAAUUUGCGGUUCUUCAACAACGUGGUGGUGGUGAUACGGCAGACAGAGGAGAUUACCGAGUCGCUGACCGCGAUCGUCGAGCUGUUCCGGAUCACGCUGCAGAACCGAUGCCGUACGGACGUGCAAUACCAGUGCGGGGGAAGCCUGCAGCGGCGCAAGAGUCGUACCCUGCUCUCCGUUCCGGGUGGCAUACCGCGCAAUCUUUCCGAAUCGCAGUUGGUGCAGAUGGGCUCGAAGGCGCUGAGCAGCAUGGCAUCCAAAAUAGGUCAAUCGCUCGGUAGCGCGAGCAAAAUGAGGCGUUCGGCACAGAGUAAGCGUACCGGAGAGGAACCGGGCACCACCAGCGAUGGGGGACGCAAAGGAGGCGUAGCCGCUGGUACCUCUGCCACCGAAGAGGUCGGUACGAUUGUCACGACCGGGACAGAGGAUGAAGGUGUGCUCGUUGCUGGUGGUUCGCAAUUCUACAAGCUCGAUCGAUCGUCCUCGGAGUCGGAGGAAGCUGACACAAGCAUUUACGAACCGGAACAGCUGGUCGAGCAGAACCCGCUGUACAACGAGAACGUGUUUCUUCCGUCGGUGGGCAUCGUAAUGGGCGGAGGUGCUGGCGGCACUAGCGAAGUCUGCGUGGGUGAGGACGCACGCAAUGUGCUGCAGGAUAGGGAUAGCAUUGCAAAAAUGUCGUCGGACGUAUCGACAAUGUCGAUCUCCAGUGUGACCGAUCACAUCAACAUGCCGGUCGGCAUGCUGGAGUGUGCCUCACCGAUACGCGUCAGCAGCCCUGCUCCGGAAAUAUUCGUCGAUGGUUGCAGCGAGGGUAACCAGUCCACCAACACUGGUGUCGGCACUAGUCGUAAUUUGGUGCUGAACCUGCAACCCGGCGCUACCGGCACUGUGCAGAGCGAUAACGCGCUGCGGCAGCUGAAGAAGUUAACCAGUCCGCUGUCCAACAUCGGCAAGGGGCUACAGUCACUCGGGGCUAAUUUGGAUCCGCGCAAAAUUACCGUGAAGAGCCCGGUUGUUCCUGUGCGCAACACCACCACGGUGCUGGCUGAGAUAAAGUUGCUGGAGGACAAGUGGGAGAAGGCUAGCUGUCGCACCAAGCUGAUCGCUCUUUAAAACGAGUCGGUAGCGUGCGCCAAUGGCUCGCAUGGAUCACGUCAAGUCUCAGUAGGGCUCGCGAUACACGCCAAGAUUCUUGCCAAACCGUACGGCAUUUACGGUAUCUGGUUCUAGGCAUCAACGGCCGUUGUACGACACCAUUUCGCGGUAUGCUUCACCAUAUUAGUGUAGAUGGCUGGUGUUCGCAGCAGCUUUGCGGUGGGAAAAUGUUGCGUGGUCCACCUCUGCUGAUGACGGUCGAACCGAGCCUAUUCGGUCCAUGAAACGAUGCUACUCCAGCUAGCGCUAUAUGCCUGCUCCGACUUAUUGAUGCGGCAGCGAUGUGCAGAACCCAAAUUGGAAACAAAUGCGUACUAAAAACGCGCCUCCCCCGCUACUAUUCCCCUUCUAUAUAAAGGAACCUUGUGGCCCAAACCGGUAUAUAUUCAUUAGCACACAAAGCCAUAAGUAAACGUUGUAGUGGAAAAAGGGAAGAAUCCGCUGUGAACAAUCGAUGCCGAUUUAGGAAUGCCGAUAACUUGUAAAACCAAAGUCAAUUAUGUAUAGCAAAGUGAGCUCAACAGGUUCAGCGAAAGUGCUCGAUAGACGUUGACAGUAUGGCGGUACCUUCAACUUCCCUACGCGGCCCAAUGCCCAGACCGAAAGCUUCGUUACCGUAUUACAUUAGCCAACAGAGUGCAGCAGUAGAGGUAGGCAAACGCAACGGGCGAGAGCGAUUAGCAGUAUUCUAUAUGCCACCAUUCUUAUCGCUUAAUCUGAGAGCCAACGAGCGAGUGCUAUAGCCGCUUGAAAGCCGGGUGUAUGAAAGAAGCUGCUUUCACAGGCAAGCAUUAAUAUACAGUCCUCCGAUUAGGUUGCGCCGCCUAUUCCGUUCUGCUACUCAUUGUAGACCUGCACACAUAGCACAUUCCGAUUGCGUUCACACGCUCGUAUUGCGUAUUGUCGUUCGCUGCUGCUAUUAGCCACCAGCAUUCGUCGGCUGCUGGCCACCCAUAGGGCGUAGAGUAAGGAGUUAGUUUAGCAAUAGAGGGGUUGCAAGCACUCGAAAUCCGUCUCGAAAUUCGAAUCGUCAACGGUACGGGUUGAUAGGGAACGUAAGCAAUCCGAGAGUGGAUUGCUGCCCAUGAUGCCUGACCAACACGUUGGCGUUAUCAUUUUGUUUCCGGCGUACCACGUGAUGCGCACAGGCACAACCAAAAACCGAACGUAAAGUAUUUUGCGCUAAUAUUUAUGGACUAUCCUAUUUCACACUAACACUAACUUUAACUUAUACACACACACACACAUAUAUAUAUAUACAAACAAUACACAAGUAGGCGUUAUUAUAUUGAAAUAUAGCGUAUCGCUUUGCACGGGCAAACGAAGUUAGUAUACAGUGCUGUUGAUAGAGCGUAGAAUGAGCCAAGGCCGCUACAGGCGGGACGUACACUGCAGCGGGAUACAUGGGGCUUGCCUUCUUCGUUUUACUGUGAUUGUCGCGUUCCGUUGUUUAUCUAUUAUGUAUCUUUUUUUUUAGUAUUAAACGUUAAUUCUCUCGAAAAGCUUUCCAUUUCCUGCUUCCCGUUCCGUUCCGGCGUACCCAUGAAUCGUGGACCAAGUGUCCGAGGAUAGCGUGAUGCCACGCGUUUGCCCGCGUUAUGUUACAGUCGCCGAUUUACGCAAAACCAAAAUAAAAGUUUGGCCUUGGCCGCAACCGAUACUGGU